AUGACUGAGGGAACACUCUCCUUACCCGACGGCCUUGAGCUGUACACCAAGACAUGGCAGACCAGCGAAUCUCCGCGUGCCAUCUUGGCCUUUAUUCAUGGCUUCAGUGAUCACUGCAAUGCAUACUACGACAUGUUCCCGAACCUGGCGAUUGCAGGAAUCGAGGUUAGGUCUUUCGAUCAGAGAGGCUGGGGCCGCAACGUCAAAAAGUCAAGCGACAAGGGAAACACAGGCCCAACAAGCCAAGUCCUCGCAGACAUGCACUCCUUCCUACUCACUCUCCCAUCAGAGUCCAGCGUCCCCAUCUUCCUAAUGGGUCACAGCAUGGGCGGUGGCCAAACCCUCAAUUACAUCUUCCAUCCCGAAUCCCCAUACAACAAAGACUCCAACCGGCCCAAGCUAACCGGAGUCAUGUUAUCCUCCCCACUCAUUGCCCUCGAUCCAGCCUCGCGCCCGUCAAAGUUGACCGUCUCCGCGGGCCGCCUUGUUGCCAAGCUCCUCCCGCACAAGCAGCGGUAUUCCCCACUUGACUAUAACCUCUUGUCUCGAGUUCCGUCUGUUGUGGAGGAUUGCAUGGCUGACAAGUUGUGCCACGAUACCGGCACCCUGGAGGGUCUGGCGGGCAUGCUGGAUCGGGGAUUGUGGCUUGAGGCGAUGUUUGAGACGGAUGCUUCGUCUGGUAUGUGGGUUGAUAGUUCAUUGCCUUUCUGGUUUGGUCAUGGUGAUGGGGAUCGCAUUACUAGCUAUCCUGCUACUAAGGCGUUUGCUGGGGAGUUGACGAAACGCGGGAAGGAUGCUACUCUUGUUACUUAUGAUGGGGCUUAUCAUAUUUUGCAUGCUGAAUUGCCUGAGACUACCACCAAGUUUGUUGCUGAUAUCAGGGAUUGGAUCUUAACCAAGGCGGGUGGCGUGUCUGCUCAGGGUGAGGAUGUUGCUGAGGCCAACAAGGCGAAGCUUUGA